AUGAGGCAAUAUUUGUGGGGAAAGGAUUAAAUUCUGCACUGGGAAAUUCAACAGCGUAGGCUGGCGUCACAUAGUUUAUAGGACGUUGUGAAAUGCAAUUAGCCGGUUAUUGUGGAGGGUUGUUACUGUGCGUGUAUUCAAUUAAAACUUAUUGUUUUGUUUUAAAAAUAUCACCGUGAGAGAUGAUUCUUCAAACCCGUGGGGUUUUUUUUCCCCCUUGAAUUUCACAGAGAACACUUGCUGCUUUUUGGUUUCGCUGCCUGAGAUUGAACGCUGUCGCACCUUGGCUAAGAGGUUGCAUUAAAACAGUUUAAAAUUCCCCACCAUUCUUUCACUCGUUUAACAAGAAACCCGCUGGGUCGGAGUUGCGGAGGGAGGGACACGGAGUAGUGGCUGAGAUCCAAAUUCAAACGCGAAGGAACAGAGAUUAAAUCCACAGCCUCUCACCACACCUGAAGCCCGGUGUCAAGCUCCGGCCUCCCAACUUUCGGGGGGCUUUUAUGGGUUUCUAAUCCUGGAUCAGGCCGUUACAUCAGCCCAUGCCGUCAGAUGACUCUGUCGGGAACGAAUCAUUUCCGCAACAUGCGACUGCUACCAAUCAGACCGGGAGUUCUGUAUUUAUCUUCUCUGUUUAGGUUGGCCUGGGUCCCUGAAACGUAAGCCAGCGCCAGACGCCGUGGUUCAGGGGGUUUUAUAAUGGACAAAAGUUCUUAAAAGAGGUUGUGUAUUUCUCUCUCUCUCUCUUCGCUGACUUCAACGCCAUGUGAUCAGGAAGACAAGCUGGGUUUCCAUUUCCCCUCUCGGCUGGAGGAAACAAAGUUGUGUUGUGGGAUGUCGGCACUGAGAAUUACGUAGCGACCGCAAAGUGAGUUUGACAUGGCUUUAACCGGGACUGUCCUCCCUUCCAUCAACACGUUCACCACCAGCUCGAACGAGAAAGGCGUGGACAGACCCCUAGGGCAACACACCGCGUGCAAUAGAUGGAGAGAAGAAAUGACAAAUUUUAGAAGAUCCGCUGAACAGGAAGGUCAGAAUAUGGGAUUUAGGCGGGAGGACGAGGAGCUGAGCGAACUCUUAGACUUAGAUUUUAUCUUGUCCAAUACCAUGAACUCGGAAACGACCAUCAGUACGGCCAAUAACUUUAACUGUCCCAUUCCCAACACGCCAGAGAGUGGCGCAGACCUGUACCAGAGAGAGCCUACGGCCAGCUACAACAUCACAGAUAUUGGCGAGGGCCCACCGACCGGCGGCAGUUUUGUGGCUGAAUUGUUGAGGCCUGAUUUGGAUCCCGGUUACUGCCAUCUCAGCAGCCUGCAGGGUAGGUUUGUAGUAAGGACAGCGACAGAGACGGGCGAUUACAGCCAGCAGGCCAGGGGCAACAAGCACGGUCCGGCGAUGGACGCGCCUUUGACACAUCCGCAGAGCCACCUUCCGCAGGGCUGCCGGAAGAUCAAGCAGGAAGCGCCGGGAGGGAGCACCACAUCCUGCUCGGCAAGAACACUGGACGGGCGGGCGAGCGGUGUCCAGGUGCCAGGGAGCGGCCACCGUGCGGCGUGCAGAGGCAGGGCAGGCCAGCACACCUACCCCGGCAGGGUGAACUCGCCGCUGGCUUCAGAGGACAUGCUGGGCCGGCAGUGCCGCUCCUCAUCUCAGAUGCUGACUCACCAAAGAGCGCCAGGCCUCCCUAUCCAACAGGGCUAUCCUCCUCCAGGCAGCUUCCCCCACUUCCAGGACCAGCCAGCUGUCCAGUACCAAGAGCUGCUGCCCUCCGGGUUCACCCAGGAAGACAAGCCAAGGAGAGGUCGCCGGUCAUGGCCCAGGAAACGGGUAGCGACUCACACGUGUGACUAUGCGGGCUGUGGGAAAACUUACACCAAGAGCUCGCACCUCAAGGCACACCUUCGGACACACACAGGUGAGAAGCCCUAUCACUGCGACUGGGAAGGUUGUGGUUGGAAAUUUGCUCGCUCCGACGAGUUGACUCGACACUACAGAAAGCACACGGGACAUCGUCCCUUCCAGUGUCACAAAUGUGACCGAGCAUUUUCCAGAUCUGAUCACUUGGCUCUGCACAUGAAGAGACACCUGUAACUCAAUGAGAAACUGCUCCAAGUCUUCAGCCUGUAAAUAGAAAGAUUUACUGCCUUAUAUACAAGUGCCCGGGGUCAUAUGGAGGACACUGGCGAAACCCCAGCAUGUCUAUCAGUGAAUGACACUCUGAAAGUGAAAUCUCUUCGCUGGAUUAAAAGUCUCGCCCUCUUAAUAAACCGGGUGCGGUCUGCGAUCAAACACCCACAGAAAAGAUCGGAGUUUUGAAAAUUAGAAUGGAAACCAGUUCCCUGCCGUUCCAAGUGACAUUGCAGCCGCCACAAACUCGGGAGAGGAUCUCACUUUCAGUGCCACGAUUUUUAUUUUUUUUUCCUUUUCAAAGGGGGAUUUCAGGUACAUAAAUGCUGUUUGAAACAAAAAAAAUCCAAAAGAAAAUAAGCCAUGAUGUGAUGGUGCUUGGUGACUUUCUAUCAGAGGUACAAAAACUGAAAGGAAAACUAUGCAACAAACCCUGCCACUGGAUAAGGAAUUUUACCAAUAACGUCAGGUUCACGGUAUUGCCAAAGAUCAGGUAACGGUUUCUAGUUCAUGUCGCUAAAUAUCAUUCUGUGGUCUUUGUGCAAUAACUGUUAGUCAUUGUAUUCUAUACUUCAAAGCAGAACAAAUUACAUUUCUAUAUUAUACUCCACAUAAUAUUUUUAUCUAAUUUACAUUUUAUGUGACAUUUUUUGUACAUUUGUAAAUAAGGAGUAACAUUUUCUGCAAUUUGGAUUUUGCAUAUAGUGUUUUUGGAAAAAGAAAAAGUAAUAAAACUGAAAAUUUCUAUAUCU